AUGACACUAACAGGCUCAAGAAUCGAAACAGAUGCCAUUGUCAUCGGCGGUGGUUUUGGCGGUUGCAAUGCCCUCUACAAACUCCGCAACCUCGGCCUUGCCGUCAAUUUGAUCGAAGCCGGAAGUGCCUUUGGUGGAGUAUGGCAUUGGAACCGGUACCCAGGCGCACGUGUUGACAGCGAGAUGCCCUCAUACCAGUUCAAUAUCCCGGCUGUCUGGAAAGGUUGGAAUUGGUCCCAAAGGUUCCCGGGUGAUGAGGAAUUGCGCCGCUACUUCGAGCAUGUGGACAAAGUCUUGAGCUUGAGCAAAGAUACUCUCUUCAACACCAUUGUCACCCGUGUGCAAUACGACUCCUCUUCCAAAAGAUGGACUGUCUUUACCAAUACGGGCCUGCAAGCUACGUGCAGAUAUCUCAUUGCGGCGACGGGGUCAUCAUACAAGAAACAUUACCCCCAGUUUCAGGGCUUGGAUCAAUUUUCUGGACGUCUUGUUCAUGCUGCGGACUAUCCUGAGUCCCUCGAUGUCAAAGGAAAACGUGUCGGUAUCAUCGGAAAUGGGGCCUCGGGGUUACAGAUCGUGCAAGAGCUUGCAAAGGAGGAUUGUGAACUGAAUGUUUUCAUGAGAACGCCCUGCUUUGCGAUUCCCAUGGGACAGCGCGAGGUAUCUUAUGGGGAGUCAGAGAUGAUGAAAGGCUAUUAUGAUGGCAUUUUUGACCGUUGCUACAAAUCAGUCCACGGGUUCCCGCACAACACCCUGCUCCAAUCCGCGCUCCAAGCCUCGCCAGAAGAGCGGAAGGCUCUGUUUGACGAGCUUUGGGCUCGUGCCGGAUACAGCUUUCUUCUUUCCAACUACUAUGACUUCCUUCUGGAUGAGAAGGCUAAUUCCAUCUUCUACGACUAUUGGGUUCGGCAGGUGCGAGCUCGCAUGACUGAUCCUGUGAAGAUGGAUCUGGUGGCUCCUCUGAAGCAGCACAUGUUGGUGGGGACUAAGCGGCCUAGUCUUGAGCAGGACUACUAUGAGAUGAUUGAUCGUCCUCAUGUCAAACUGCAUGAUCUGAAAAAGUCGCCUAUCACUGAAUUCAACUCCACUGGAUUGGUGACUUGUGACGGUGAAAGUACAGAGCACCAUGACUUGGACGUGGUCAUUUGCGCAACUGGAUAUGACGCUGUCACAGGAAGUCUCUUGGACCUAGGGAUCACGGACAAGAAUAGUGACUCGCUGAAGGAGAAGUGGAGUGAUGGUGUCUUGACACAUCUGGGUCUGAUGGUUCCAGAUAUCCCCAACUUCUUCAUGGUCUACGGCCCUCAAGCACCUACUUCUUUGGCCAACGGUCCUCCUUUCAUCGAAAUGGAAGUCGACUGGAUCUGCAACGUCAUCUCCAAAAUGAAGCAAGAGGGGCUGGAAUCAAUUGAACCAACUCUGGAGGCAGCCGAGGCAUGGCGCGAUCAUGUCGUUGGCGUAAGUGAGCACACUUUGUACCCGAAAACCGACUCUUGGUAUAUGGGGUCUAACAUUCCCGGGAAACGGCGCGAGCCACUGAUCUAUCUUGGAGGAAUUCAGCGUUGGUUGCAGAGCUGCACGGAGGCCGUGGAUGGCUGGAAGGAAUUCCACAUGGCAUAG